CCUCUGAUGUUUAUCCGCAGGAUAAUGCACUGGGCCAGGCGGAUCGAGCAGGAGAUUGACAGAGUCUUUCAACACAUCACUGGGGCUCAGCAGCUGAAAGGGAUAUACAAUGAAGAAAGGAGACAAUUCAGUCUGGUGAAGAAUCAGCCUCGUAGGAUCGUGGAAAAAGUGGCCUCGGAUAUAGAAAAACUCCUGGCAAAGAAGCGCAAAGCACUUGAUCGUUUAGCCAGUGAGGCCGAGCGACUCCAACGGGAACAUCUAUGGCAAGAUGGACUCAAGGAGCUUGACAUGGCCUACUAUGACUCCAAAGCUGAUUUGGAAUAUUAUUCCAUGGAUGGGGAGGCAGAGGUGGAAAACCCCUCCCAGCUCAAGCUGGAGUUUGUGUACGAUCCAAACUUCAAAAAUAAUGUCAACUUCUCACACACAGCAGUUCAGAUCCCCACAGAUAUUUACAAAGGAGCUCCAGACAUCCUGAAUGAGCUGAACUGGACUCAGGCACUGGAGAGAGUGUUUAUGGAGAACAGCAGGGAGGAUCCGUCGCUGCUGUGGCAGGCGUUUGGGAGCGCGACGGGAGUCACCCGCUACUAUCCAGCGUCUCCCUGGAAAGCGCCUGAUAAAAUCGACCUGUACGAUGUUCGGAGGAGGCCUUGGUACAUCCAGGGGGCCUCGUCUCCCAAAGACAUGGUCAUCCUUGUUGAUGUGAGUGGCAGCGUCAGUGGACUCACGCUCAAACUGAUCAAGGCGUCAGUGAUGGAAAUGUUGGACACGUUAUCCGAUGACGACUACGUCAACGUAGCCAGGUUCAAUGAGAAGGCAGAGGCCGUGGUCCCUUGCUUCAAACAUCUAGUUCAGGCUAACGUGCGAAACAAGAAGAUUUUCAAGGAGGCCGUGCAGCAGAUGCAGGCUAAGGGCACCACUGACUACAAGUCUGGGUUUCAUUUCGCCUUUAACCAGCUCCUUAACAAGACAAAUGUCCCGCGGGCUAACUGCAAUAAAAUAAUUAUGCUGUUUACUGACGGAGGGGAGGACAGAGCUCAGGAUGUCUUCCUACAGUACAACUGGCCCAACAAAACAGUGCGUGUAUUUACCUUUUCCGUGGGCCAGCAUAAUUACGAUGUGACGCCUUUACAGUGGAUCGCUUGCACUAAUAAAGGUUACUAUUUUGAGAUCCGUUCCAUCUGUGCCAUACGGAUUAAUACCCAGGAGUACCUGGAUGUGCUGGGGCGCCCCAUGGUUCUAGCAGGCAGCGAGGCUAAGCAGGUUCAGUGGACCAACGUAUAUCAAGACGCUCUGGGUCUCGGCCUGGUAGUGACGGGGACGUUGCCCGUGUUCAAUCUCACCAUGAAUGGAAACUCGCAGAAUCAGCUGAUAUUAGGAGUGAUGGGAGUGGAUGUCCAUCUAGAUGAGAUAAAGCGACUGACACCACGCUAUAAUCUUGGGGCCAACGGCUACAUAUUUGCCAUCGAUCCAAACGGAUAUCUGCUCCUCCAUCCUAAUCUCCAGCCGAAGCCUGUAAACCUCCCUGAACCCGUGACCCUUGACUUCCUGGACGCAGAGGUGGAAGACAGUAAUAAAGAGGAGAUUCGACGACAAAUGAUCAAUGGACACCCGGGGGAAAUGCAGAUAAAAACUCUCAUUAAGUCUGUUGAUAACCAAUACAUCGAUGAGGCAUACAGAGGUUACACCUGGACUCCUAUCAAUGGCACUGAUUACAGUCUUGGUCUGGUAUUACCUCCCUACAAUGAGUACUACAUCCAGGCAGACCUGAGCGAUGUGAUGCUGCAGCUCCAGUACAUGCAGUCGUUGUUGCCGAGCUCCUUUGAAUCCUCGGGGCAUGUUUUUCUGGCUCCAAGGGAAUACUGCAAGAACCUGCAGCUCUCUGACAACAACACGCAGUUCCUGUCGAACUUCCUGUCUCUCAUGCUGGGUAUCUCCCCUGAGUUUUAUGAAUGUGACCAAGACCUCAUCCAUAACCUUAUCCUGGAUUCCAGGAUUAUUGGUCAGCUUGCGUCUCGUGUUUGGAAGAACAAGGAUCUAAAUGCGUACGGCUUCCUGGCUGUUUUUGCGUCCACAGAUGGAGGAAUAACAAGAGUUUUUCCCAACGUGGCUGCCGAGUUGUGGGACGAGGAUCCAGAACCAUUUAAUUCGGAUUACUAUAGACGAAGCCUGGAUAAUAAAGGCUAUAUGUUCAGACCUUCAGUGAGAACCUCAGACGAUGACUCAUUCGGAGCUGACAACGCUACCACAGGAAUCCUGGUUAGUUCAGCUGUCGAGGUCAAUUUAGGGGGCAGACUGCUCAAGCCUUCGGUGGUUGGAGUGAAGCUGGACCUGGAGGCGUGGGUGGACAAGUUUAAAAUCCUGGCCAGCAACGUGUCGGAUAACCGGCAGGGGUCACAGAAGUGUGGACCCUCCAGAAGCUGUGAGAUGGACUGUGAAGUAAACACAGAUGACUUGCAGUGCUAUCUCAUCGAUGACGGCGGCUUCCUUGUCAUGUCCAAUCAGAGGGAUCACUGGAAACAGAUCGGUCUCUUCUUCGGUGACGUGGACCCUUUCCUGAUGUAUGCGCUCUACAACAACUCCAUCUUUGCCCGUCAGCAGUCCUUCCAGUAUCAGUCUGCGUGUGAAAUGGUCAGCAGGAGUCACACGGGAGCGGCGCCGAGAGGCAUCUAUGUGCCGUCCAUAGCUGACGUCCUGAGGUUGGCAUGGUGGACGUCCACGCUGGCAUGGUCCGUGAUCCAGCAGCUUCUGCAUGGACUCGUCUACAGCAGCUGGCUCAACCAAGAUGACGUCUUUGUUGAUGGCUAUGAGACCAAACAAAGCAGCUGUGUGACCAUCCAGAGCCAGUUCUACUUCACAAACACCACCAACUCCUACAACGUCCUGCAGGACUGCGGAAACUGCUCGCGGCUAUUCCACACAAAGCGGAUAGAAAACACCAACCUGCUCUUUGUGGUGGCUGAGACGCUGCCAUGCAGCUCCUGUGAGAUUGAGAGGCUGUCCCAGAUCAAAAGAGAAUUUCAGGAGGAAAAUCCAUGUGAACUGCUGAGCAAUGCGCGAUAUCGCAGAGGCCCAACUUCCUGCUUUGACUAUAGUGCCUUAGAAAACACGUCAGAGUGUGGACGGGGUUCAUCCUUGCAGUCCUCCGUAGGAAUCCUUCUCUUCAUUCAGCUCAUUCUGCCUCUUUCAUCUCUCACACGUCCAAACACUCUGACAUGUUCCAUCUCCUCGGAUUUAGGCUCAGAUCUAAAGAAGGUCAGAUCAAGCAGCAGCUGUGACGUUGUUUUUUUAUUUCUUUUCACCGACUACUCACAGUGUGUUGUGCUUUGAGUGGAAAGCCCUGGAUCAGCUCCUGAUAUUUAGUUUCUGCCUCUUUACUUAUGCAUUUCUUGGCUUUUUGAAGGUGUGAAUGCAAAAUCUUGGAGGGGAAUGUGUCGAGUCUGCAUGCCACUUAACCUUGUUCCAAAUAUUAGGAUUUGUUUCUAUUUUCCGCGUUUAACAAUUAAAAAGAGGCCACAAAGGCAUGUCAAGGUUUACCUUAAAGAGAGGUGAUCAACAAUUAAUUAAAAACAUGCUUAUUUUUAGAUGUUUCCAGUUAAUUGAAAUGAUAAACGGAGCAAAAGCACAAGAAAUAUACUGUUUCAAGGGAAGGCUCUGCAUUCCAACUUUGUACUGCUGUUUAAAAGUGUCACAGCAUUUGUGUCUUAUACUUGUUUGUACAGAAACCGAUCUAAGGCAUUUACCGUCCUGACGCCUGUUAAAUGUAAAUGAAAAAGACUCGGGUUGCCGGAUGAGCUUCAGACAUCCAGCUGUUGUCUUCUCAGAUGCUGCUUGUGUCACCUUAAAAUGACAUCUGUGGCAUUUAGUCAGUUUCAAAACUAAACCAGUUGUACAACUGACCACAUGCAUGGAAAACAGUUUGUAAAGUGCAAGCUUUGAAAUGACUUUGAGCUAAAAACAUCUGAUUAGGAAACCCCAUGUCUGCGGUGAACAUGUGGAGAACUUUCUGGGGCGGAAAAGCAUGAAAAUUGAAGUCUGCAAGCAGAUUUUCUGGACACAAACAAAAAACAGUUCAGAAGUUCACUUUUUCUUGAACAAUUACCAUAACGUCUGUAUGAACUGGGCCAAAAUGCUAUUUAGUUCAUCCAUCCACAGGUCAGUUGCAGGGUAAAAGGGGUCGGUGCCUAUUUCCAGUGUUCAAUGUGCAAUACAGACAACACUGAACUCGUAUUAAAGAACAAGUUGGUUUGGCAAAUUAACUCAACAUGCAUGAUGUUGAACUGUGAAAAUACGAGAAUACGUGAGAAAACUGAAGAGAGCCCACGCAUGCACAAGGAGAACAUCCAAACUCUGGACAGAUUCCAGGUUUUAAACCAUGGGUCCUCCUGUUGCAAAGCAACAAUGGCAGCAACUGCCCCACUGUGCAGCCUCUAAUUGAAUUGAGAUAAAUCAUAAAUGGUAAAAUGCUUUUAAUAGAGCCACUACCAACUGCAACUCGUGGAAAUUACUGGACCUAACUAAGCGUUGGAAAAAAGGGAUUAUACAUUUAAAGAGAGAGACAGUAUCAGCUACUAUAAACUUUUCUCUUAGGUUUUAGGAAGUCAACAUGAAGCUGAAGCCAGUGAAGAUGCACCUUGCAUUUCUUCUUAAAAGUAGUGAUCUAAGCUUGUUGGAACCAUGGUUUUUACAUGCAUGGGUUUUGAAACUAACUGCGUCCCAUGUAUCUGUUUCUGUUUGCAUGUUCAGUCUUUGUCCAUGUCGUCUUACGUGAAGUACAGAAGGCUACUGCAGCUGCAGCUGUUUCUCGUGAUGGUGGAUCUGAGCCUUAACCUCAAAGUCACUCCAGUGUCUUUGACUCCACCUCUGAGCUUUGUUAAGACAGUUUGGGUAUUGUUCUUUAGGACAAACAUGAAAGGAUCCUUAAUUACUUCCCUCUAGCCUCUAAAGAAUGCUUUUGUGUUGUCUUUAAAUUCAAACAGAUUUUUCCCAAUAAAGUUUUUGUUCCUAAAGAUUGAAAGGUGUAACAUGGGAAAAGCCAAAAUAGGAAUAGUAAAAAAAAAACAAAAAAACAAGAAAAUAUAUUUCAUGAUAAAUAAGGCAUCUUAGAAUUUCAUUGUGUUGUAAGAUGAACAAUUGGCUUUAUUGAAAUUCUUUACUGCUGCUCAGUGGGUCUUUAAAGUGCUUCCAGUCCAGUUAGAUGUUGUCCAAGCAGGUAGAAUCAGACAACAGGUGACUGAUUUAAUAAACUAUUAAUGCAUCCAUAUAAACUAUAACAUUGAUUGUAAUAAUGCUAUUAUCUCCACCCUUGACAUUAGUACAUUGAUGUUAAAUAAUAGGUCUCACUGAUGUAGUCCAUGUCAGUGUGUGACCAACAUGUUUCACGCAUCAGCUGGUUGACUGAUGAGACACUCUAAGACAUAUUUUCGUAACCUGCCUCGUCAAAAUGUUGUCAACUUUGGAUUUAUGCACCUGUGUAUGCUUCUGUAUGGAGAAUGUAGCUCAUAGACAGCUUUUGGUGUUUUCAAUAUGUUGUCAAUGUGGUGUGCUUUUUGAAGCCUCCUUGAUUUUCAUUGUUCGGCGUGAUUCACUGUGGCAGAAGGUUUCUGUUUUAUUGUGUGUACGCUACCAGAAACCCAAGUCAAGAGUUGGGCUUUUCUUUAUCAGCGCAAAGAAGACUUUCAUGAAUCAAAGCCUUUUGGUUUGUGCUUUUAGGGGCAGCGGUCACAGCAUUUAUACUUUGACAAGCUCAACCCGCCUCGGCAUAAUGAUGGUGCAGGCAGGGGGAUGCUACAAUACUUUGAGACAGGUUUAGAUUUAAACGCUAAACCCUAUAAUGCAGCAACAACCAAUUAACUCGUGAUAAUUGGACUGUAUUUAGACACAGGCUGUAUUUAUUUGUAAAAGCUCUUGAAAAACUUUGAUGUUCUUUGAUUCCACAAGCACAUUAUUUUAUUGUCUUUAAGAAUAUUGUCUUCUGACUUCUCUUAAGGUUACAUCAGCUGGAAAUUUAUGUAAACCUGCAAACUAAUUACUGCCCCGACAAUUUGGAACAUUUCAGCCCUGAAGUCUUUUUUUAGCCGAUGAAUGUAAAAAUCUCCACCGUGGAGAAAAGAAAUAGAUCAGAGAUCAGAGAUGGAAAGAUAGAGUACACACGGUGAAAUCCAGAGAGUAUCUCCUGCUGUGAUUCGUGCCCUCUCGUCCUUUUAAGUCGUCGUUUGAUCUGGCUGCUGACUUAUCUGGGGUAUAUUUUUAAAAGAGUUUUAAAAAAAAAAGUAUUUGUAAACCAAUGUUUUAUUCUGUCAGCCCGGUGUUCCACCCCAGCAGUGCCUUGUUGCACUCGUCAUUUGGGAUUUACAGGAGCAUUUCACUCUCAGCUGCGGACAUUCAAGUGUGAAAGACACCCUGAAGGAUCGGGGCGGUCCGGCUCGAAAGGGACUCCUCGGUCCCAGGAAUAAUCAAAUAUGCUCAUCUUGAACAUUUUUUUAAAACGGAGCACAGUUGGGAAAGAGGACAGCCAGAGGAACCCCUCUGAAGUUUUCUGACGGACGGAACCUGACCGGAGCCGACCUCACUGCCGUCCUGCUUCGUCUCGUUGAUUUCUACACUGUGGUUCAGGCUUGAAACGAAGAAUAGACUCUAGAUUUCUACAUUGUCCCAUCAGUGCACCGCCAGUUUGUAUAUUAGACAUGUAUCGGACAUAUUUGCAUAUCAGUUAGGAAUGACUGAAUUAACUGAACAAGUGUUUACUUAAACGAAACAAACCGUUCUGCAUCUCCUCCGGACCCGAGCAUGGCGGGGACUUGGAGAACAAAGACCUCGGCACAAGAACCCCUGUAGGUCUCCUGUAACUAAGGGAACGUGAGUUUGAGGAACUUUGCAGCCUAAGCACAAUGUUGACACGGCUGAGGCAUUGUUUUAUUUAUUUUAAAAGACUGGUAUUUACUUGCAUGAUAUUUUGAGCUCUUUCCAGAUAUGUAUACAUAGAUACUGAUGAAUAUUUUACAUCCACGUCUGCAUCCGGCUCUGCAGCUCUGUGGCCGUGCCCUUUUUUGAUAGACGGCAGGUGAGGAGGAGGCUGCGGAUGAAGCUGAAAGUUUGACUUCAGUGAAGCCUACAGGGACUGACGGCAUGUGGGGCGUUUAGGUGUUUUGCAGCAAACGAGAGAACAGUGAAGUUUAAAGUUGUGAGCAAUAUACUGCCCGAUGAAAAAAACCUAAAUAUUAAUUAUAGGUUGUAUUAGAAAAUAAGACAGAGGCACACUUUACGACAACCACUCAUUCUGUUUACUGAUGAAUGAAAUUUCAGUAUUGCUUUUUUGAUUUAUGUGAUAUUUUCUCUGUUUUACCAUUUAUUUUGACCUUGUCAGUGAAUAACAGAUGGGAACUGAAUGUAUUUGAAGUUUCUGAGGGCACAGGGAUUAUACAUGGAUAUAUAGCUACAACACCCUGUAUGUUUACGUCCUCUGAUGUUAUGAGAAACAAACAGUAAGAUUGUUUUUUUUUUUUUCUUUUUGCUGUAACUUUGCUUUCUUUAUGCUGACGUUGUUGUUUACUCUGGAACGUUUCCUCUCUUUGUGCCAGCCUCCAACGCCACCUCAUUUUGUACAGACAAUGUGAAGCAGCAGAACCUGAAGGAUGAAUUUGUAAAGAUUUUGUCAGUCUCAUUACGAAAUAGAUAUUUAAAUGUUUAUAUCUUUGGUGAUUAAAAUGCUGUUGAUAUUUUUCA